GCAUACCGUACAUGUUUAGCUCAGUCAGCAUUUUCAGCGUGUCAUUGACUUAUACAGGUUGAUUCGGCCAUUGAAAAUUUGCAUUUCUUUUCAACACACCUUCUGGACGUUUAGAGCCUCUUCAAUACCUUCAAACAGAAACAUUCCUCCUUAAUUUGGAAGCAGCGUGGAAGGUGCACACAACUUCGACACCUCAGGAUGAAAGACUUUGCCGAAGUUGAAGAAAAAAUUAUCGUGGGACUUCUGAUCACUGCCACUGUUUUAGUAGUGCAGGGAUAUGGCAAUAGAUGUGAAAAAAAAGAUGAAAUUGAGCUAUAUGACAAGCAAAACCCCACUUACUAUAAAUGCUGGCCUUUUCCUGAAUGCCUUGAUGGGCAGGAGCCAACAGUGGAACCUGGUUCAACGCAUCCCAUGGGGACAGAUAUAAGCUGUCAAAGCUGUCAGCAGAAUUUCUACUCAAACAAGGGAACAAAUAUCAGGUGCCGCAAGUGUACUUCUUGUGGUAAAAAACUUGAACUUAGUCCUUGCUUAUCUGUGAAGGACAGAGAAUGUGCCGAUAGGUACAUUUCAAAUGAUUACUACUUUAAUAGCACAGACAAAGAAUGUCAUAGAUGUACCGAGUGUUGUGAGGAUGACAACAUGAACAUUGAGUCACAGUGUAUAAAAUUAAUGCCUGGUACAGUGAUCGGAGGAAAAGGCCAGAAACAUUGCAGGAGGUCACCAAAACCAUGUAAUGACCUGCCAAAGAAAAAUCUUACAUCAAGUGGUUGUGACUGCAAUAAUACAAUGCCAUCAGAUAGCUCUUUACUGAAAGGCAGUAACACACAAAUGAAUUGCUCAUCACCCAACAAGACAAGUCUAAUAGAAAAGGAACAGACGAAUCAAAAUUUGUCUUCUUCUUCAAAGCAGUGUUCUGGUCAUUCCUUUGACAGAUUACAUAUUACACUGUUAUGUCUUCUGGGAUUGAGUAUAUCAGUUAUUUUAUUCUGGGGCUGGCUAGCUUGGAAGAGAAGGAAGCAGUCAUUGCACAGUGAGAAUUCUUUUCCGCUAGAGAGUCUUGGGUGCUCUAGUGUGAGGAGUGUUACAUGUUUACCUACAUGUAGCUUUUUAGCAGAGAGGGAACCUUUGCGUACAGGCUCUAAUUCCCACCAGGAAGAGCUUAAUGUCAUACCUGAAGGUUAGUGAUGAACUGUACUAGUAUAAUAUUUAAAAUGUACAUGUUAUUAAAAAAAAUAAUAAAAUAAGAAGAAGCACAUGGAUAGGUUGAGGUUCAUUAAAUCAAAACCAAAAUAAUCACAACAAUGAACUUUGGUGCCACAGGGUCAUCAUUUCUCUAUUAUCACAUGUUCCCCUCUAAGAUAAAGUCUAUUGAUUGAUUGAGUGAUUGAUUGACAGCAAGUGAGAGCUCAAAGUAAAAACAACGAUUGGUUCGGAUAGUGGCAAUCACAAUGAAAUAAAACAAAGUGGAAUGUAAUGCUUGAUUGUUCAGAGAUUCAAUUGAAAGUUGCUCAGUGUGUUCAAUGAUACAGUGUCCAUAUUCAAGGUGCACUACCCCUGUAGCUCCUCCAUACUCUAAAGUUUUUCAAAGUGAGUUAAUGCCACUAUUAAUCUUUAAUCAAUAUAACUUGUACAGACUAUGAUAUUUUAAGCACUUUAAAAACUAGUUUUUUUAUAUUUUCAAUGUUGCAUCUUCAAGGAAAUCAAUGAUUAAUUAAGAGAAAUUUCACUUGUUCUUAUUAAAAUGUGUCAGUUACAUAUCACUCGUAGUCGUAUAAAUUAAACUUGACAUACCC